AUGAUUUCAUUGAUCGCCCUAGCGGCUUUGACGAUAUGGGCCGUUUCGGCUGCCACAUCGCAUUCCCAGUGGACAUCAGGACAGUACCCAGAUCUUCGUGGUCCAACUGUAGUACAAUGUGCUGCUGUAAUGCCUCGAAAUAAACAGCAUAUGUACAUUUGUGAUCCAGAUCGAAUACUGAACAACAGUCAAGCUUUGGCAUUGAAUCGGCAGCUUCAUGACCUCGCCGUCGGUACGCCAUGUCAUUGUCAACGAAGGUCUCAGUGUACAACAGGGAUUGCAGGUAUAGCAUUUCAUUUCAACAGACGUUCAGGUACGGGAACUGAAGGAUUUCAUGGGUUUGUCGUAUCAAUAGCAAUCGUACAGAACCUUCAGAUGCAAAUGCAUUCACCGAGCGAAGCUCAACUCACCGAACGAGCUGAAUCAUUCUGUCGGGCACUGGAAGGGCGAUGGGCACUUGGGGACUGCGGAAAUUCGGUGAUCGUCUUUGUCUGGCAGCAUUAUAAAAAGAUGAUAAUCUGGCCAGCUCGAUUAGCCGAGAAAUACGUUACUAUCGAAGAGCGGAAGAACAUACUCCAUAAGGUAAACGAGCUUGCUCAAACCGAUCAAUGGUAUGAAGCCCUUUCACAAGUAAUAGGAGAGCUACGGCGUGAGCUCAACGGAGAAGAACAGGGAAAGGUGGAUACCGGGACGCUGUCGUUGUUGGUUGCAGUUGGCUUGGCCGUACUGCUUACUAUACUCAUUACCUGCUGUGUAUGUGCGUUCCGAUGCUGUGGCAAUCUACGCGGAGAGGAUCGACCACGGCCGGUUCGUCGAGCUGUUGAGCGAGUAGAUAGCUUACGAGAAACCGUACUCAGACGAGGAUCUCAGCUUCGGAGGUUCAAAAAUAUCAUCUCGCCUUGA